CACGGACCAGGAUAUGGUUCUUCUUCAAUUUAAAAUCGGAGCUGACCUAUCCAAUCCUAUUAUUAUAGCACACACGGCGCACCCCUCGAGUGACUGGACGAAGAAUCAAGCAGCAAAAAAUGGAGGCCACCACCCUGCGGAAGCGGCCGCUCUCGGUCAAGACGGCCGCCGGACGCGAAGGGCGGACGGCGGCCGAAGCAGAGCUGGGGGAGCCGGUCAGCCCCUCCGCGAGGCUGGUGGAGGACUUCUACAUCAUCGUCCUCAUGGGCGCCUCCACGCCCCUCAACCUCCCCGCCCUCCGCGCCGGCAUCGAGGCCCAGCUCGCACGCUACCCACACUUCCGCAGCAUCCAGGUGACGGACAGGGACGGCGAGCUGCGGUGGUUGCCGACGACGGUGAACGUGGACAACCACCUCAUCCGCCCGACGCUGGACCCGGCCGCCGUGGCGGCCAACCCGGACAAGGCCGUAGAGGACUACGUGGCGUCGCUGUCCACGCUGCCCAUGGACCGGUCCCAGCCGCUGUGGGAGUUCCACCUCUUCGACUUCCCGACCUCCGAGGCGACCUCCACCGCCGCGAUCCGCGUGCACCACUCCCUCGGGGACGGCAUGUCGCUGCUCACGCUCCUCAUGGCCUGCACGCGCAGCGCCGCCGACCCGACCAGGCUGCCGGCCAUGCCGCCGCUACCGACGCGCACGGGCGCCAUCUACCAGCGCCCGCGCCCUUCGGCGGGCGUCCUGGCGUUCCUCGCGUGGGUCUGGUCGUUCGUCGUGCUCGCCUGGCACACCGUGGUGGACGUCGUCGGCUUCUUCGCGACCAUACUGUUCUUGAAGGAUCCGCACACGCUGUUCAAGCGGGUGAACCACGCGGAGACGCAGCGCAAGCGCAUCGUGCACCGGAGGCUUAGCCUCGACGACGUCAAGUUCGUCAAGAACGCCAUGAAAUGCACAGUUAACGAUGUGUUGAUUGGAGUCACAUACGCUGCCCUGUCGCGCUAUCACUUCCGAAAGUCAGGUGAAACCGACACUCAUAAAGAGAUACGGGUACGCUCGAUGCUUCUCGUCAACUUAAGGCCGACCACAAGCCUACACGCAUGCGUUGAUAUGAUAAAGUCGGGCAAAGAAAGCCACGUGGAAUGGGGAAAUGAACUUGGGUUCAUCAUCCUUCCGUUCUUCAUCGGCAUGCACAGCGACCCACUCGACUACGUUCGCAAGGGGAAGAAGGUUGUGGACAGGAAGAAGAGCUCACUGGAGGUGGUAUUCACACAUGUCGCCGCAGAAGUGAUCUUCAAAGUGUUUGGACUGAAGGCAGCUUCGGCUAUCUUCCAUCGUAUGAUCUCCCAUACCACUAUAUCAUUCGCCAACAUGACUGGCCCGGUUGAACAGGUCGAGUUUUGUGGGCAUCCAAUCGUCUUCAUCGCCCCUAGCGGCUAUGGACCGCCAGAAGCCCUAACCGUGAAUUAUCAAAGCUAUGUCAACACCAUCAUGAUAAAUCUAGCACUGGAUGAGGGACACUUUCCUGACUAUGAUGAACUUUUGGAUGACUUUGUUGAAUCCCUUGAGCAUAUUAAGGAUGCAGCUUCACGCCUUGGAAUGCAUCAUAGGAAGGCCUAAAGCUAUUUGCAUCAGUGCAAUAUAUUCAUGAUUUCGCUACUGUGCCAUUCAAUAUUACUGAUGGACUAUGCUCCCUUGGUCCAGAACUGUAAGGUGCAUAAUUAAUGAGUAUACACGAAUAAUAUUAUUGUA